UGCUGCUUAUUUCAGUGUUAGUGGGCUGGACUGUAGUAGUAGCCGCCAUUUUGUGAUCAGGAACUGAUCGUCCCUUUUCGGAGAAAUUGAAUGAGUUUGUAGACUUGUAGUGAUCGUAUCCUUUCCUCCGUAAUUUGUCUGUUUUUCAGUCAUUUUCACGAUGUCUAGUGACGGAGAAAGUAAAAAGGAGCAGCUGGUACAGCGUGCGAAGCUUGCCGAGCAGGCAGAGCGGUACGAUGACAUGGCGGCAGCCAUGAAAAGUGUGACAGAAACUUUAGAUAUAAAGUCGCCCAAUCCGACCGGUCUAUCCAACGAGGAACGGAAUCUGCUGUCUGUUGCUUACAAGAAUGUCGUCGGUGCUCGGCGUUCGUCCUGGAGGGUCAUCAGCAGUAUCGAGCAGAAGUCCGAGGGCAGUGACAGGAAGCAACAAAUGGCAAAGGAGUACCGUGAAAAGAUCGAGGGCGAAUUAAACGAGAUUUGUAACGAUGUCCUGCACUUGCUAGAUUCAAUUCUUCUGAAGUCGGAGUCGAUGGAAAAAGAGAGUAAAGUAUUUUACCUGAAAAUGAAAGGCGAUUACUACCGGUACCUAGCAGAGGUCGCGAGCGAGAGUGCAAAACAAGACACGAAGGACCACUCGAAAAAGGCCUAUCAGGAAGCAUCCGAUUUAAGUGACGGAGGCUUGCCGCCAACGCACCCCAUCCGUCUUGGACUGGCGCUCAACUUCUCAGUAUUUUAUUACGAAAUUGUCAACGAUCCGAAAGCGGCGUGCGAACUCGCGAAAAAAGCCUUUGACCUAGCGAUUGCUGAACUUGACACCUUAAAGGAGGAUUCCUACAAAGACAGCACACUCAUCAUGCAGCUGUUAAGAGACAACCUCACGUUGUGGACGUCAGAUGGUAAUGACGAAGAUGACCAAGUGGAAGCUGAUUAACUUUCCCGUUUCAAGCAACAGUAGUGUGUUAGUGCCCACAAAUGUUUUUUGCUCAUGCUCAGAAUGUAGUCUCCGAUUCUCCAAUUACCUAUAAAAGCACAAAUGAUCAAUAUACAACAAAAAAACGCAAAAGUGUUCCUUUCAUUGUUUUGGUUUUUCCCCUCCGCGUCAGUUUCUCUAUAUUCGACCAGGAAACUGUGUCUUGUGUAUCACUAUAGGUGUGAGCUUGUGUUGAUCAUCUAAAAAAGAUUUUGAAAAAGAUAAAAAAAAAAAAGCCAUAGUCUUAGGUUUUUUUUUUUAACCAUCUUGAUUUGUUAAGGGUGAACCAUUAAAAUGCCAAGAGUAAUGGUGUAACCUUUCAAGUAAAAAUGUCUAAAUGUUUACGAGAAAGGCGAUUGACAUUACCGUGUCAUUUCGGGCUAUGUUGCACCAUAUGCUCAAACAAUCACAGCAAAAAAUCUAUGGAACCAGUGGGUGCUAGUGAACUUGUUGAAACGCAUGUUAAGGCACAGGAACCAACUUGAAAGAACAGGAGUGGUAUUUUUGGAACUUGGCAAUAGUGCCGGAACCUUUUCAAGAAUAUAGGUUCUUUACUGCCAUGCAGACAACAGUUAAUGAGAUGAAAAAAAAACACAUCUUGCUUCCACAUGGUUCUUCGCAUUGUUUCGGCAUCACAAUACGGCACUUUUCCUCGUCGAAUUUUCAAAUUUCCACUGAUCUGUGUGUUUUUCCCUAACAUUUAAACAACUAAAAGUUAACUCUGCUACCAAAUUAAAAGAGAGUCGCGGUGCCCUGUUUUAUGCCUGAACACGUGGGCUCGAAUGAAAAUCAUAUAUGGUGGUAUUUACUUAAUUUAAAAUCGUAGUGUGUAUGUAGUGCAUAUUUUACCCAAGCAAAAGCCUAACACGACUAAGAUGAGUUCAUAGUGUAGUUUGUCAUGGUUAACAUCCUGCUACAUGUCAACCAAAGAACGUUAAAGCAUUUUGCUGACGACAGUCAACCACAGGAAUGUUUGUUUCCGUGUGGGUCGCUCGGAGGACCAGCUUGAAGAUAAUUCUUCGGAGCACUGAUACUACGCUUGCUUUCAAAACGCUAAAAAAAAAAAAAAAAUCUUGGUCUAGUAAAACAGGCUUCAUAUGUAUUGUAUUGAGGAAAAAAAAAAUUACCAAUGUGUUUAAACUAUGUAGCCAUAAACAAAUUGAAAUGAUAUUCUUACUGAUAUGGAGAUAUACAGUAGUGUUUCAUGUUCAAAAUGGCUUGGUGUUCAUGUAUACUAGUGCUAGAUAUGUAGUGACUGAAUUGUACUAUUGUUAUAAAUUGUCUACUUCUAUUAUACUAGCUAUCAUUUUAAAGCUAAGAGAGGGGGAAAAAAAUCAGCUACAAACGGUUUUGAGCUAAAGUCAAGAUAUUUGAGGGGAUUUCUUGCGUCCAACCUGAUGAAGCUGCUUCACGUAAUAUGGUGUGGUUAGCGAACGAAUUUACGGGUGUAACUGUUAAAGCGAUCUGGGGAAUUCCCUCCGUGUUGCAUUGACGGUUGCAUGUUCUGUUGUGUCAUGUUUUCCUUGUGUUUUUUGUGACAUUUGUUUUUGUUGAGUUUCGUUACAUUCUGUCGGUUGGUUCUGGAUCCAUAAUACAAGCGCGAUCACUUUUUUCGGCCGGGAUGGUAGCUCAUGUGAUAGUUAUUGUGCCGAGUUUAUGUAUUUGACAAAAAAGAAAGAAAAAGAUUUGGCUUGAAACCAUGGUGCACAAUUUUGGUACGCACUUUUACCUUUAAAGAAAACCUGUCCGAAAGAAGGUUGUGAAACUUUACUGGUCACUUUUGGUUCAACUCUAAUCCCAAAUUAUUUUUUAAACGACAUGCAUGUUAAGAAAGCUCUCUCCGAUUGACCUGUUACUUUCAACAUCGCUGUCUCUAAGUUGUCGUGUGAGAACAUUCAAGGCAGUUGCAAUGAAACUGAAAUCAGUCAGUUCAAUUUGGCUCUAACAUUCUACAGUUUGCACAGAUAUUUCCUCCGCCUACCGACCGUUUUCCAGGUUUUAAUCUGCUUUAUACUUCUUCGAUCAAUUCGUAGCGUGUUUUCCCCACAUUUCUGAAUUUCUACAACCAUUGUAAAACUAAUCAUUUGCAUUUAAAGUGGGCAGAGUAGCUCUGCACAUGUUUUAUACAGUUCAUUCAUUCUGCCUUGCAGACAAAUUUUGUUUUUGUUUUUUAAGGUACCUGUAAGUGAUAGAUGUUUAAGUGAUGAGUUCAUGUUAGUAUCGGUUGUAUUUAAAUUCUUAAUUUGCUGUCAGAAAACGGGAAUCGAAAGAUCUUGAUCAUACAGAUGAAAGGCUUGCAACCAAAGGGCCAAGAAAAUUGUGCAUAACUUUGAAUAAAGCUGAAAUGUUUUUGUCAUUUUUUUUUUUUCAUUUUAUUUCAUUUUUUUUUUUGGAUAAAUGGAAGUUAUAUGGUCUGGAAUAUAUGUACCAUUGUUACUACCAAACACUGUCCGUAGUAGAAGUAGUUUUGAUGUACCAUUCAUCCUAAUUAAGCUAUAAUAUAAUAUGACGUUAAAUCACAUGUACAUGUAUAACGUGAACUCAUGCGGGAUUUAAAGGUAAAAACGUCUAUCGGCGGUUUCAAAUUUGUCUUGAAAUUUGUAGGUCAUUGCGGUGCCAAUUUUGAAAAGAAAAAAAGUCUGCCGAAUCAAAAAAAAAAAAUCUUGUUUUUCUGAGAUUUCCCACCAAUGUGUGUGUUGGUACAUGUCUGUAGCAAACUACAUGUAUAAUCUUGUUGCCAAGAAGUUGCCGUAAAUUGUUUGAAACUAUCGCAAGGAAUAUUCUGGAGAUGUCAAAGUACAUUGCGUGUACAUUUAAUAAGAACUGAUUGGCAUUUUUAUAGACGUGACCGACCCAUUAAGCCACGCCCCAUUGUGCUUUGACCAAUCACAGCCGUGGUUGAUGCGCGUGCACGUGCGUAUGACGCACGUGUUGUACUGUUGUUGCCCACGUGCGCAGUGGGCGGGGCCAAGUGGAUCGGUCGUUCCUCGGCCUCCCCUAUGCUGUUGCGUUUUUCGAUUAGAAAAAGACAGACUAAUCGAAUAUUUUCAGACCAAUCAAUGUGAUUCAGUGUGUCAAUAAACGGGACAUGAACCCAGAAUUGUUACUUCUCAAUCAGACACCAAGAAUUUGUAUUCCUGGGUAGAUAAACUCAAGUACAUGUAUAACUAAAAGCAGCGAUAAAAUAAUUUUGUUUUUUAUUGACGUUUCAUGUCUGGCAUUAAAUUACACCGUAACUCAUUGGAAUGCCUUCUUAACUCCUAUAAAUCUGCAUGAAUGUUCAAAGCUGUGUGGACUUCUGGUCUGUAAAUUGUUUCAAUUGGUUCAUUAAUAACACCCGUAGACUGAAUGGACUUAAACGGAUAAAGACAUUGGUGUAUCCAUACAUUCA